CCUUACUUGCACGAACGUAGCAACUUCCCAUUGGUUGUCGUCCAUUGUCGUGAAAAGCCCCUAUAGAGUUUCUUUCUGAGAACUUGGUUACUUUAUCAGUCUCGCAUCGACCACUACGCUUUUGUUCUUUCUAGGAGAAGAGCGUAACCCUAUAAUUUUAGGGUUUCACUACUCACAAUCAACAAAUCGCAGGUUGGAAUCUUAUCCUCCUCCUCUCUAUCUCUGUAUUUCUAUGGUAUGUAUCUUUAGAAUUAGAAUUAAAUUAAUUGACUGAAAGAAAGUGGGUGAAAACCUAGCUCUUCCGUCGCGGAUCGCUUCAGAUCGAACACGAUUCGUUCACUUUGUCCGAUAAUUCGAUUUUCGAGGUAGAUUUUCAACAAAAUGACUCAAGAUGUGGAAAUGAAAGAACUUCCAGCUCCUUCCAAUUCUGUUUCUUCAACUGGUCCUUCUAUUUUGCAGCAAUUGAAGGAGAUUGCAUCUGUUAUUGAGACCGGUGCAUAUGCAAGGGAGGUUCGGCGAAUUGUGCGCGCUGUUCGCUUAACUAUGGCAAUAAGACAGAAGCUGAAGACCUCUGUGCUUUAUGCAUUCCUGAAUUUUGCUCUUUCACCAGGAUCAGAGGUGCAUGGUCGGUUAUCUUCAUAUCUUCCCAAGGGAGAUGAACACGAUAUGGAAGUUGAUACUGCAACAUCUGCCACUCAAUCUCCUGCAAAGCACUCAUUGCCCGAGCUUGAGAUUUAUUGCUACUUGCUUGUGCUGAUAUUUUUAAUUGAUCAGAAGCGAUACAAUGAGGCAAAAGCUUGUUCCUCAGCAAGCACUGCCCGUCUAAAGAACCUGAAUAGGCGAACUGUUGAUGUUCUAGCAUCCAGGCUCUAUUUCUAUUACUCUCUCAGCUAUGAACUUACUGGUGAUCUAGCUGAGAUUCGGGGUAAUCUCCUUGCUUUGCACCGGAUUGCAACUUUGCGCCAUGAUGAGUUGGGUCAGGAAACACUUCUCAACCUGCUCCUUCGCAAUUACCUCCACUACAACUUAUAUGACCAGGCAGAGAAGUUGAGGUCAAAGGCACCCCGUUUUGAAGCCCAUUCAAACCAGCAGUUUUGCAGGUACCUCUUUUAUCUUGGAAAGAUUAGGACAAUUCAGUUGGAGUAUACAGAUGCAAAAGAGUCCCUCCUGCAAGCUGCUCGCAAAGCCCCUGUUGCAGCUCUUGGUUUCCGAGUUCAAUGCAACAAGUGGGCUGUGAUAGUCCGCCUUCUGUUAGGAGAAAUCCCUGAGAGGACUGUGUUUGUGCAGAAAGGCAUGGAAAAGGCUUUGAGGCCUUACUUUGAGCUUACAAACGCUGUUCAAAUUGGUGAUCUGGAGCUGUUCAAGACUGUUGCUGAGAAGUUCUCCAGUACUUUCAGUUUGGACCGGACCCACAAUUUGAUUGUUAGACUGCGUCAUAACGUUAUAAGGACUGGCCUACGCAACAUCAGCAUCUCUUAUUCCCGCAUCUCGCUGGCUGAUGUAGCCAAAAAACUGAGAUUGGACUCUCCAAACCCAGUAGCUGAUGCUGAGAGUAUUGUAUCCAAGGCAAUCAGAGAUGGUGCGAUUGAUGCCACAGUGGAUCAUGCAAAUGGGUGGAUGGUAUCAAAGGAGACUGGGGACAUCUACUCUACAAACGAGCCACAAAUUGCAUUUAACUCAAGGAUUGCUUUCUGCCUUAAUAUGCAUAAUGAGGCAGUGCGUGCUCUUCGAUUUCCUCCUAAUUCUCACAAGGAGAAAGAAAGUGCCGAAAAGAGGAGAGAGAGACAACAGCAGGAGCAAGAGCUUGCCAAGCAUAUAGCAGAGGAGGAUGAUGAUGAGUUUUGACAGGGUAAUGUUCUACUCCAGUGGCAUCUGGUUUGCACUAUGAAAUGCUUUCUUGCGGUGGUGCAGCAGUUUUCUUUAAAAAAUUUCCACAAGGAUUUUUUGGUUUUAUUGGACUGAACCUGUCAUCAACCACAACACUUGCUUUUACUUCUAUAUUAUGCAAUUUGUUUCUCCUUUUGGUGUUUGUAAUUACUGUCAAGCUAUUUUGGAUUUUAUUCUGGACGCUGGUCCAGCCCUUGAUUCAUUCAUCAUCUCCAACCGACUCGAUAAAGAUAAAUUUUGAUUAUUUAUGGUUGGUUGUGUGAAUCAUAUACUCUAUCCAAGAUUAUGAUUUGAGUUUGUUUGUCUU